AUGAAGUACACCGCACUUACAGCGGCGACCGCUGCUUUGGUCGCAACGGCCGCCGCCGGAGGGUAUGGCCAGCAUGACGGACGAGCCUGGACGCCUGCCACCCGGACACAACCACCUGUCGCCGGUUUCACUCUCCGGCCAACACUGGCACCGCGUGCGCCACGCAGGGGACUUGCUCUCCGCGAGGACGACGACGAUGAUGACGACGACGACGAUAACCGGGCGGGAAAAAUUACACGCGGCUCCGUGACGUCGUCGGCGACGGCGACUGGGAGCGGGGGCGGGGGCCGUUCGGCUACCAUGACGGGACGGCCGGCGAAUACUUGUGGCUGGGACAGGAAUGGCGGUGGCUUCUAUGCGUGCGCCGAUUCGCGCGCCUCCUGUCAAUACACCAAUGGCGUCGCAGGGUGCUGCUCCGGGGAUGGCUGCAAGAAGAUUCCGAAAACGUGUGUCGCGCGGGGGAGCAAUUGCGACUCGGACAACGACGGUGGAACACUGUGCUGCGGCCGCACUUCCGCCCCGGCAUGCUUUACGUGGCUCAUCUCGACCUCGUCGGCCGGCAAGCAGGAAACCUACUCCAUGUUUGGCUGCACCGACAAGCCCGGGACCGACACACUCCUCCCUACAGACCCAGCCGGCAGCAGCGGCGGGGGCGGCGGGGGCGGGGGGAAGACUAACACCGGCGUCAUCGUUGGCGGCGUCAUCGGAGGCAUCAUCGCGCUUCUUCUCAUCGUCUUGUUCAUCUGGUACGUCGUGAGACAGCGGCGGAGGGGCCGGGCCGAGGACGAGAAAGCGACCCGCAGCCUGCGUAACUCGCAGCUGUCACGCGGCGUCGCGUGGGUCGAGGGCCAAGACUCGCCUGAAGACGGCGAAAAGAAGUAUUCUACGUACGGUGCCGAGCAGGCGACUGCCGCCGUGCCGCGACGAAGACCAGUUGGCAGCGGGGGUCGCUCGUCGGUCGCGACGACCGUGGCAGACGGUGACGGCACCGGCUCCCCGAACGGGCAGGUGACGUACUCGGUAUCAAGCGCCAGCAUGACCGGCAGUCAGGCCGGGACGGGUGUCGUUUCUAGCGUGUCUCCCGCUCCACCGCCGCUUGACGGCGUCGUGGAAGCUCCUGAUACGGCUGUGGUGCACGGGGGCGGCCCUGGCGCGCCGGUUGAGGUGGCGGGGACGUCGGUGACGAGAAACAUGAUGCAGAACAGAGCAGAGCUUCCGUAG